UGUUUAAACGUCAAGGUGAUCUCAAACUAUCACAGUGCUGUAAAGAAACGCAAGGUGUGUGUUUUCAUUACGUGUCGAUGAAGAUAGAAGAUUCUGAAUAUUUAAACAGUAAAUAAAUAAUCAUUUUAAAAAAGUCGACACACGCAUUCACUUUAUAUUGCAGCUGCGUGUGUUUUGACAGGGUACAGUACUCCUGAAAGUGACUUGGCCACUGAACUUUCUGGCUGUGUACAAAUGGAAGACAUCAGCUCUACCUUGCCGACGAGGCUCUUGAAUAAGGGUCCAGAUUACUUACGGAAACAGAUGGAACUGGAGACCAGAGGAAAGCUGAGUGCAGUGGAAAGGUUGGCCGCCGACAAAGUUAAGUAUGUAAAAAGUCAACAGGUGAUCAAUUCUAAACAGGAACCAGCGAUAACUUUGAGUUCGGCUUCAGAAAGCGGCAGCAAUGGAUCUGGUUCGUUUCACAGUGGGGCACGCUGCAUUCAUAAUGACAAUAAUGCUGAAAACGAGGAUCUUCAUAACGCAAAUAAUGCAUCCGAAACACUACCUGCAAGUUCACCUAUUGUCAGGCGCACCAGUUCUAAAAAGCAAAGACGAGACUCACUGAUGAUGUACCGACAAAAAUGUGACAAAAAUGUAAAGGGGCCCAGUAAUGACAAUUCAAAAGGGAAUCUAGUGCGGAGACUGUUUCAAAGCUCACUCAAAGAGAAAUGUGUGAAUUUGCCUAAGGUACAGUCUGUGCAAAAAGACACUGAAAAUAAGUGCAUAGUACCAGAGGAUAAAUCACAGCUGGAAAAUGAAGCAAAUACACGAAUCAACACUCAAGCUACCUGUGUCGACAACCAUAAACCACCCUUAUCAGCUAUUGCCAGGGUGAAAGACUCAAGCAGAACUGGACUUUUUCGGUCACAUUCUGAUAUAAGCUCUCGAUAUUCCAAAUCUUUUGCCGACUUUGAUUUUUUCUUUAAGUAUUGUGGUCUUGACACUGAUGAGAUUGAAACCUUAGGAAGAGAAAACUUUUCUGCUGUUUCAGACAGGGUUUCAUUAAAAAUCCGCAGCGUGAGUGUGGCAACAUCAGAAGACGGUUUUUCAAGACACAGUGGAGACAGUGACAGACAUUUAGAAGAAGAGCUUAACGUGAACAGGAACCCCACAACUGGAUCCUCGGUGAUAGAGCGCAAUGCCAGAAUCAUUAAAUGGCUGUACAGUUGUAAGAACGCCAAAGAAUCCGGCAAAGUAUUACGAGAACUUGAAUAAAAGGUUACACUGCUGUUACAUUGUUCGUACUUCACAGUGUUUUGUACUGUUAAAUUUGUAUGCUGCAUAUAAUAUUUAUCUAUAGUUAUUUUUCUGCGAAUGUAAUGUACUAUUUUUUAUUUUUUUACUCAAUGUAAGUAGUAAACGUUUUUAAAAAGUUAAAGUUGUACAAGGUUUAGUCUAGCAAUCAUACAUAGGUCUGUACAAAUGUGAAAGAUAGAUAUUGGAAUUUGUUUUACCCUAAAUUAAGAAUAUUCCUCUGCGCUUGUUUUUUGAGAAUUAAUCUACUGGGUAGUAUUAAUUGGUUAUUAAACAUUGUAUAGGUACAUUUGUUGUCGAUUUUCUGUCCAGCUUCCAGAAAUACAGCAUGACAUAUGAUUGAUACAUCAUAUAUACUUUUAUAUACUUUAAAGAUGCAGCAGGCCCCUAUCUCCUUUACCAAGGUACUGAAUUUUUUAUUUGAUCAUAAACUAUAAAUAAAUAGUUGUAUUUUACGUAAAACCGAUUGCUUUCUUGCCUUUUUACAGUAGAAGCUAAUUUAUCCUCGACUUCAAUUAUCUGCAGCUCCCAGACGAGUUUUAUCUCUCAAAUACAGCGUAUUAUUGCGGGUGUAGAUUAAUGCCCGCGGUGCACACACACACAUAUAUUAAUGACGCAUGCAUCCGUCUAGAAAAGUAUCGCAUUGGCGCCAAAUUGGACAACAAUAACUGAUGAUGGUAGUGGCAGCGAGGAAGAACAGACCCCAAAACCUGUAAAGUAGACGCCAAGACACCAGCGCUACAGAUGCGAGGUUUUGUUUCUUCUUAUGAACAGCAGGAGGAUCCCGAUUCUGUAAAAUUAGUUCUCAUGAGGCAGUUAGUGAAGUCGCUGAAACAAAAAGACUAUCAUGGACUUUCUCAAGGUUCAAAAGAACGACUUGCAGCAGUGAAUUGUUAUAAAAAGCUGUUACGAAAGAAAAACACUUCUGUUACGUAUUUUGUUGAAAUGUAAGAGAAGUUAAUUACACAGCAGCUUGUUUAUUUAGUUUUAAAGUAAAAAAAAAGUGGAAUUGUAUUUAUUUAUUUUUUAAUCCCGGAAAACUAGCAACACAACGCUACCAUCAUUACAGCUGCUAGACACAUCACAUAGUUUAUAGGAAAAUUGUGAACUCUGAUUGGCUGAAUAGCUUAUUCCCGUCAUACAAUAUCUUAUGAUCUGGUAGCUUUGUAGUAAUUUUAUUAUUAUUAUUAUUAUUAUUAUUAUUAUUAUUAUUAUUAUUAUUUAUUAGUAAAUGAAAAAGCUAGGUGGAGGUGUAUCGCAUUUUGAAAAGAUUUUGCUAGAAGUAACACCCAAAGUAAACUAAUUUUAAAACAUUCUUCUGUCUUUGGAAUAUAUUGUAUUGCAUACAUCUUAAGUAAACGCUAAUUUGGUUUACAUUAAUAGUUUCUGUAUUUUAUUCAUGCAUUCUAGUCAUACGCAAUGACACCUCCUUUAUCCGUGGACCUAUGUCCCCCCAAGCACACGGAUAAAUGGAGAUCCAUUGUAUAUACUGUACAUUACAUGUGCG